AAGAGAGAGAGAGAGAGUUGAUCAUUUUUCACACGACUGCGUUUUCUCUUGAGAGCUCCAUUCGAUUCUAUGGCGGUUUACUUGCUCUGUGAAGCAGCUACAGGGUACUCUCUAUUCCUGGCUCACGGGCUCGAUCUGAUCGGGCAGAAUACGGAUGCAGUUUCAGGGCUCCGUUUCAGACCUGAACCGGUUUGCGAAAGUAGUCAAGCUCACAGCUUUUUGCCCAUUUCAGUCGGCCCUUGAUGACUAUAGCCAAUGCGUCGCAGUCUCCGAAGGCUAAAGCUUGCUGUUUUACAUUUUUUUCAUUUAUUUGAUUAUCUUAGUUGUCAGGUUUCAUGAGAGAGAGAGAGAGAGAGAGAGAGAGAGAGAGAGAGAGAGAGAGAGAGAGAGAGAGAAUUUGGGAAUAAUAUAUACCUAGAAACUAUCUGCUGCUUCUAACAUUACUAAUGUGUAGUAUUUUUGCUUGAAAAUUGCUUUAUAAAUUGUACUUGAAGAAACACUAUGUUAGUCCUACUUGAAUAUUCGAACUUUCUUUCCCUGCCCCACGUUUAUCCCCAUAACUUGAUAAAGUACCCCAUUUCGCAUAUUUUUAAUCUCAAAUGGUUUAAUACUCCAUGUAAUCUACGGUAGAACAAGUAUACUUUUGCACUGCAUCUUUAGUUGGUCGGCGUAUUUCAAUGAUUAUUUUUUGCUUGCAAAUUGGUCAAUACAAAUUAAGGGUCUGUAUGGUUGAAUUUCAGGGUGUAUGACUGAUGAGUUGAGGAACUUUUUGGAACUUAAUCUCCCAAAAGUCAAGGAAGACUGUGGACUUGGACAAAGCCCGACUUGGUCUCGGCAGCAGUUACAGCAUGGGGCAAGGUCAAGUUUAAUCCUGACCGAGUUGGCAAUACGGUGAUUCAAGCAAUCUCCAUUCUAGAUAACCUUGAUAAGGUUAUAAAUUCCUUCUCCAUGAGAUUCAGAGAAUGGUACUCUUGGCAUUUUCCUGAACUGGGAAAAAGUGUCACUGACAAUUAUCUCUAUGCUAAAGUGGCAAAAAGUAUUGAAGACAAGUCAAGAUUGUCCGAAGACAGACUUCCAGAUUUAACUGAUAUUGUUGGGCAUGAAGAUAAGGCAAAGGAGAUUAUUGAAGCUGCCAAAGCAUCCAUGGGGCAGGAUUUUUCUCUAGCUGACUUUGAUAUUGUUCAGCAAUUUGCAGAGAGGUUGGCGGGUCUAUCUGAGUACAGGAAAGGCAUUUAUGAUUUCCCAGGUAUUAAAAUGAAUGAUAUUGCACCCAAUUUGGCCUCCUUAAUUGGUGUAGUAGUUGGAGCUCGAUUGAUAUCUCAUGCCUGUAGUCUCACGAAUUUGGCUCUCUUCUACCCUUCAGAUCCCUGGCGCAGAGAAAGCUCUCUUCAGGGCAUUAAAAACCAGGGGAAACACACCCAAAUAUAGACUGAUAUUCCAUUCAUCUUUUAUUGGUCGAG